AUGGCGCCAUCUGCCGAUGCAAUGAACUCAUCAGAGUCAGCCACCCGCUGGCGAGCCGACUCGCAGCUCUCGCCUCCACCAACGCCCACAUCAAUGUCCCUCAAUCAGCAAAGCCCCGUGGACAAGGGAGAAGGGCCUAGCAAACUAGCACCUCCAUCGAGCCCACAAAACUCCACCGUCAGUCGGACCGGCGCCGCCUUGCCGAUCGAGGCAUUCCUGCCAGGGAGUCCCGCCUCUAGCCCCACGGCAUCCAUGAGACUUUCGAAGAGCGGUCUGGGCUCGCUGGCCUCUCCCCAUGCACUCUACCCGCCGCAAGCUGCACCCCAGGAGGCAUUCCCGCGUGCCAGAAGGAGAGCCAAACGUUCAUCGCAGCGCAAGGAAAUGGGUCUACCUUUUAUACGCAACGUCUCACGACUCUCCGCCAAGAUAUCCGCUGGGGUGGAAAGAUUGUUUCGCAAACACGGAGCCAAUGUGUCAAGACAUCCAAUUCGAACCCUACUCCUUUGUUGUCUUCUCAUCACCUCACUCUUCUACCCUGCAGCUGGCAUAUACCUCUGGUCAUCUCAGGGCGGCCCAGGAAUAAGCCGCAGCGAUACGUCGAGCGUGUGGCGGACACUUUCUACCCCACUGCUCGAUUCUUUCGCUUCCUCUGGUCGAACCCAUCACAAUUCACUGAGGGAUUUGCGAAUGGUGUGGGAUGACGCAGGAGACCUGUAUGCUCAAGAUCCGCGCGACUGGAUGCCCGAGCGCCAUAAGGCUCGUCCACUGAGAUGCGCUCGCCUGGAACACGUCCUCUUCACGACCGAUGACGUUAUGAGAGGAGAGGCCGGACGGCGAGGCGUCCUGGAAGCGCCGGUUCUGAACUCCGCAUACAGACUGCAAUCCGCCUUGGAGACGCGGCUGAAGUCAGUGGGAGGGGAGAACACGCCGAGGUGUAUUCAGAAUCUGAGCGGAGCAUGUCUCACUCUGGGGCCUCUCGACUACUGGCCCGAGGGCUCAUUUCCCCUAAAGGCGGAUGCCCAAGCUAGCACUGAGCUCCUCGCAUCCUCGGUCAAUCAGUCUGCGAGGGGUGUUCCUGUCUCUCUAGAGACUACCUUGGCUGGUCGAGCGCACAUGUUCGCACGUAAUCCUCGCGCAGAAUUUCUUGCCUUCAGCUUUUGGCUAGAGCAGGCUCAAUGCGGCAACACCACUGGCAAUGAGCACGUCAAUUUCCGCGCUCUCCUUUCGGACAUCGCAAUCGGUACCCGCAUAGUGGAAAGCGAGCACCAGACAGCGAAGCCGGUGUUGGUUCGAGUGAGUGCCCGACGGCAUUUUGAGAAACCUGUUGACCGUCAAAUAGCCGUGUUUAUGGGCUUACCCAUCCGCUCCGCGCUCGUGUCACAGUUUGCACCGGACAAGCGCACUCCUCGAGCACAUCAGAUCAUGCUUGCUUUGGGCUACUUGGGGUUCCUGCUCUACAUCGGCCGAGGCUUAGUGCGAAUGCGUAAGGUACACUCACGCUUUGGUCUGGCUUUCACCGGAUUCACCGAGCUGCUCAUCAGUAUGAUCAUGAGCGUAAGCAUCUGUGCUCUUUGCGGCACACGUUUGACCGCCGUGCCAUGGGAAAUUCUCCCCUUCGUCAUCGUGGUAGUCGGGUCCGAGAACAUGUUCGUCCUAGCCAACGCAAUCGUGUCGACCCCAAUCAGUCUUUCAGUCGCCUCUCGCGUCGCCGCUGGCUUGGGCGCUGCAGGCGUGUCCAUCGCGGUCACUGUGCUGAGCGACGUGCUCCUUCUCAGUGCAAUCGCCAUGCUCGUGCAUGUUGCGGCUGUGCGAGAAUUCUGCAUCUUCGCCAUUUGCAGCCUGCUGGUAGACUUUGUCAUGCAAAUGACUUUCUUCGUGACGGUCUUUAGCAUCGACUUACAGCGACUGGAGCUCGCGGACCUUCUUGCCCAGGGUGGCCGCAGUGUAGAGCAGGAUAGGCCGCUCGCAGAGGAUCAGAAGGUUGAUGCAUCCGCAGCACCAGCGACAGCCCUCUCUACACGUCGAGUGGCGCACAAAGAAGAGCAGCGCACCGGCUCAUUCAUCAGAAUGAGCUGUCGCGCAGUAUGGCGAGCUCGCACGGCUCGGACAGCCAGCUUAUCGAUUCUCUUGGCUGCUAUGUUCGGCUUGUACCUUUACUAUGGAACUGGAUACCAGUCACAGGAUUUGUACGGGCCUAGCCUCCCGUUCGCGGACAUGCACGGUGUCUCAGCUUCCUUGCCCACGCGCAGCACUUUGACUAGCGCUCCGAGAUCAUCCAACGCCGAGACAAGGCUGGAGCCCACUGAUGGCGUAUCGGAUCCCUUUGAUCCGCUGGGGCAUCUAUCGACCGCCGAAAGCUCCUCCUCGGAUGCGGCGCCAUGGUGGAUGGAUUCUCCCUCUGCUUCCUUCUGGAUGUCUCUCAAUCCAGACGGAGCGCCUCAUGUUCGCGUAGCCGUCGAGCCGUGGUCGAUAGUGUCUCUGCGCUCCGCGAAGGGUGCAACUCCGCAACACACGCGCAAGCUGCCUUUCGCGUCUUGGGCUCUUUUCCGUCCUCGAAUCCGCGCCAUCAUUUGGUUCCUGAAACUGUCUGUGCUCCCAAUAGGAGGAACGACGGGGCUACUUUGGAUCCUGCUCUUGUAUCUCUUGAAGGACACCGAAUUGCUGGAUGCUCAGCGUGACAAAGGCAGCAUCAGCGAAGAAGAAGGCGAAAGCGAUGUAGCCAGGUCUGGUACCAACUCCCUCAAUGACGACUCGAUCGAUGUCUCCUUGACAGCACUCACGGGAGUUCACGCGACGGAUAUCAUCUUGACCGAUGCAGAUGGCUCAUACAUAGCUAGCGUGGGCAUCGACUCUUCCAUCAUUGUCUGGGACACCAAAGCACCCAGCAGGAAGGUCCGCACACAUCGCAUUGCUGUCCAAUCUCUCGGGGGAACUGACACGACUGCCGUCACUUGCGUCGAGCUGAGUGCAUCCGAUGAAUUGCUAGCUGUCGGACAACGCAGUGGCUUUGUCACGAUCUACUCGCUCGCAUCGCAGCAGGUAACCCAUCGCUGGCAGCCAACGACUGGCCCGGUCCAAUUGGUGAUAUUCUCACGUAGCGCGAUGCGUGAGUUGCGCGUCACAUCUGCGCACCGAGAUGGAUCGGUCUGGACGUGGCUAGACGCUCCGGCACCUCAAUGCGAGCCUUCCGUGCAGCCUCGUUUGGAUACCAGCUGGACAGCUCAGCGCUUCCAUGACAAUUCGCGUUACUUCGCGCUGUCUGCGCCGAAUCGCCAAAUCGAGGUGUAUCACAUUGGUACACAAGGUGUGGCGCCCAUCUCCACAAUCCCUGGCCCAGCAAAUGGUUUGGUGCGAAGCCUGACGAGCGCAGCACCUGGCCAUCAGGGAACCGCGCCCGAGUCGGUGGUCUCCUCCUCCCUUGACGACGUUGAUGUCGUCCUUAGCGGCACAUCCACCGGCACAGUGCAAGCCUGGCAGUCGUCCUCGGGGAAUCUUGUUGGUCAAGUGGCUCUCGCAGACGGACCGGUCCAAGAUCUCUUCUGUAUUUCAGACCACGAGCGACGCAACCAGCCCUACGAAACUUUCGCUGCUGUCACGCAAGCAAAGGUCACUAUUUUACGUCUGAGCAAUGGACCAGUGCUAGCCUCCACGGUACCAGACUCGUCGCCUGGCGCGACUACCUCAUCUGCUUCGCGUCCCUCUCCACCGAGCGCUUACCGACGGAUGGCGAGCGAAACAAGUGUGUCAGGUGCAACAUCCACGUCUUUGCCUCGCCCGCGCCACGGAUCUCGCCCUCCAUCUGCCGGCGGCUCAGAAUCCGGACAUGAACUUGUCGUUGGCGGACCACGCGCAUCUAAGAGCUCCUCCGAAUUAGGGUCUCAGGAUCAACCUGAAAUUCCGACGCCUUUCGACAAUUUGACAGUUGUGAUGUCCUUGCCUUGUCAUCGUGGCAGUGCGGUAGUCCUUCGGACCUCGGGCGACAGCUCGCGCCUGGCUGGCGUCCGACGACGACGCCGAAGCGAAGAAACAAGCACUGGCACCGGAGAUAGUCAGGGCUCCUGGGAAUUUUGGGAGCUGGAAUGUGCGGAGUUGUCAGAAACAGGCUCAUUUCAGUCCUUGAAGGUCAGGACCUGUCCUAUUGAUUUGGAACGCCUCGUUACAACAAGGGAUGAAAGGUCACCGAGCGCGGCUGACUCGGACAGCGAUGAAGAUGGCUCGCGGAGACUCACAUCGCACGCUUCUAUGCGAAUCGAGCCUCGCAAGAUCCAUGUCGCAGCUCGUGGGCCAAAUGCGCCACUGUCUUUUGCGCGCGUCUCGCUGAUCAAGUCUGUGACCACCGUGACUGGGUUUGCUGAGAGGGCAUCCGACGAAGCUCUGUUGCAAUCCUUGGCCGCUGUUGGCGAGCGGCGUCGAUCGCUUGUCAUUGCCUUUGGCAAUUCUUUGGCUCGACUUUCGAUCGCAAGUCCGCCCUAUCCUCGGAUUGGCACAUUCGGUAGCGUCUCCUCCGCAACGGGCUUCGCCAUGCACCCAUCUUAUGAUCGACCUUCCUCCACACUCAUGCGUCGUCGUCGCUCGCGCUUCGAGUGA